UGAACAGAAGGAAACCCCCACAAUAAACCCUUGCCCGCGGCCGCUGCGGCGCUUCGCCGGAGCACGAAGAGAGAGCAGCGAACCCGGCGAUGGAGUACGUGGACCCCCUCACCGGCUUCCGCGUUGACGGUCGCCGCCCCAACGAGAUGCGGAAGCUCAAGGGCGAGGUCGGCGUCGUCGCGCGGGCCGACGGGUCGGCGCUGUUCGAGAUGGGCAAUACCAGGGUCAUCGCCGCUGUCUAUGGUCCUCGAGAGGUCCAGAACAAAGGUCAGCAAGUAAACAGCAAAGAGGCUUUGGUUCGUUGUGAGUAUAGGAUGGCAGAAUUUAGUACAGGAGAUCGGAGGAGAAAGCCAAAAGGUGACAGGCGAUCAACGGAAAUUUCUCUUGUUAUUCGACAGACAAUGGAGGCAAGCAUAUUAACUCAUUUAAUGCCACGUUCACAGAUUGAUAUAUUUGUCCAAGUUCUUCAAGCUGAUGGUGGAACAAGGUCAGCAUGCAUCAAUGCUGCAACACUAGCUCUUGCAGAUGCCGGGAUUCCAAUGCGAGACAUUGUCACAUCUUGUAGUGCUGGGUAUCUGUGUUCUACUCCUUUGCUCGAUCUUAAUUACUUAGAAGACAGUGCUGGGGGUGCAGAUGUCACAGUUGGUAUUCUUGCAAAAAUGGACAAAGUGACUCUUCUGCAGAUGGAUGCAAAAUUAGCAAUGGAUACAUUUGAAAACGUAAUGGGACUUGCCAUAGAAGGGUGCAAAGCAAUUGCAACUUACAUCCGAGAGGUGCUGUUGGAGAACACAAAGCGGCUGGAGUGUCAGCGUGGUUAACCAUAAGAGGCGAAUCACAUCUACCCGCUCGUGUAACAUUUGAAGUCUGGACUGAUCUGUGUAACACUGCAUUUAUAUGUUUACUCGACAGAGUAGGAAGACUAGUGGCCUCAACUCAUUGUGUAAUGGGCUUGCUGGUUGGAUGAAUGGAUUUGGCGCAGUGCAGUGGACAGGAAAUUCCUGAGUUUCUUGUACCGAACUUCCAACGAACUUCCAAGUUGCUUAAGGUAGCUUGUUAACAAAAUAUAAUUAAUUAUGAUGGACAAAAGCAACCAUUCGGAUUUGUUUCUCCUUGACAAUUUUAAUUAACGGAUACAAAUUGAACGUGACA